UAUAUUCUUGUUUUCUCCAUCAGCGACUGCGAGCGACAGUGUCGGCGUGGAGUUGUUUUCUCUCCAGACACAGCGAGAGAAAAUCAGCCUGCCGAAAAGAGAAUCGCGAGCAUUUAUAAAUUAGCAACAAUACAGUAUCUCGGUGCGAUUUAGCGUCGCGACGGCGGUGUCGUGAACGGAAAUCCAGUGUCGAGAGAGAGGGAGAGAGUUGCUUCUUCCUAUGUGUUUGAGUGUGUUUGUGUCAAUGAAUGCACUGUGCUCUACUUACUUAUUGUUGCUGCAUGUGUGCUGAUGUCAGCUAGUGUGAGGCAAGAAGGAAAGAAAAAAGAAGAGGAGCAAUCCCAGAUUGGAUGAACGACUUGGAUACGCUAGCCCGGAAAAAGGCCACGAAGAAAAACUCGUCGUCUUCGUCGUCGUCGUCAGCAUCAGUCAUGACGAUCGAGAACAAGAUGAUGCCUCGUCAUGAGUAGGAAGGAACGUCUAGUGAAUACAAAGAAGUCGUCAGCUGUGUGAGAGAGAGAGAGAGAGAGAAUAAAUAAAUAAAUAGAGUAAUUAAAUAGAGAAUCAGAGAAGGAAAGAGAGAAAUAUGGACUGCCUGAUUCGCGGCAAGCCGUUCUACUGCCGGGAAUGGGCCUUUGCCAAGAUCGCCCAUUGCCUGGAGAGUCGGGCGGCGUCCAAGACGUGCGGCGUGUUGGUGACCGGU